AUGAAACAACAGCACAAUCUCUUUUCUAUUUCUGCCGGAACAGAAGUCUCAAGACCUAUCGCCCUCCAUCAGGUUUCCUCACCGGUCUCCAAUCUUUUAUCUUCCUCUACUACUGCCCUGCCUACCACCGUUGCAUCUCUGGUGACAGCUGCUACUGUUGCGAAUCACUCUUCACCGCCUCCGCCAAAACCAGCUCCUCCUUCUUGCCAAGUGCGUCCGUUAUAUCAGAAAGUUCAAGUACAACAUCCUGUUCACGCAUACCAACAACAAUUACAGCAGCAGCUCCAGCGGCAGCAGCAGCAGCCUCCACGUAGUACUGAUUGA